UUUCUUUUCUUGCAACAAAAUCAUAAUAAGAAAGAUAAAGAUGUCUUUUUUGUGAAAAGCCAGGCUUUGGAGUUCAGUGGCGAUGUGACGAAGUGAGAAGGAAUCCGAAGAUGCAAUCCACCGCAAACUUUGUCGUUCGUAACAGUUUUCCUUAAGCUAAGAUCGCAAAAGGCCAGCACUGUCCAGUCACCUUCCAUCUCUAGUCUCGAAGUGCCGAUCAGCCAUCAAUAGAGAAAAACCCUAUUUUGGAGCCAGAGGCUGCGUCAAGCUCAUUGUGGCUCUGGGUCGCUUUGUUCUUCUAUGCUCCGGCGCGCGUGGUGCUGCUGCCAACCUCCGAAGACCUUCGCCAUGCUGGCGCUCGCAGCCGCGGCGUCCACUCGAGGCGCCUUGGCCAAGCCCGGCUUCGACCCGCACUCGCCAGAAGUGCACGCUGUCCACGCCGGCCCCUUCCACACGAUCGUCGACGGGCUCUCGCGGCCGCACCUGGUCGAACCUCGGGGCACGCCCGUCGGCAUCAGCAUCGUGCCGCUGCAGGACGCCGGAUACUCGCAGCAGCACGCCGUGGCGCCGGUGACCGUGCAUGUGACCCAAGUGGGCGUUCACCAGGCCCCCGUGAUCGGUGUGUCCGCCGCGCCGGUGGCGGCCGUCGGCGUCCGCGAGGGCCCGCUCGCCCUCCACGCGUCGCACCCGCUGCUGAACGCCGUCUCGUCGCCGGGAAUGGUGCUACACGGCGCGCCCGUGCUCGCCGGUCCCGUCUACCAACCUGCCGUCAAGUCCGAGCCCGUCGGUGCCGUGCUGCCCGUCAAGCAAGUACACCGAGAACAGCUUGUGCCGCAGCCGUACACCUUCGGCUACGAGAUUUCGGACGGCUACGGCAACAAGCAAGUUCGGCACGAGGUGAGCGAUGGCCACAACCACAAGCGGGGCUCGUACGGCUUCGUUGACGCACAUGGCAUCUACCGGCAAGUGCGCUAUGUGGCCGACCACAACGGCUUCCGCGCCACAAUCGAGUCGAACGAGCCGGGCGUCGCAGCGGGCUACUCGGCCGCGGCAGCCUUCAAAGUCGGCCAGAGACGAGCCAGGCCCGUUGUCCAUCGCCGACCGAUACCACCGCCGCCCCACAGGGUUCCCGUGGUUGUUCAAAGGGCUCCAGCGAAUCAUCUGGUCCAGAAGCCCGUUGGAGUUGCUGCGGCAUUCCAUGCAGCCGUUCCAGCAGCAGUCGCUGGAGGGGUUCCUGCUGGUGUCCCUACGGGAGUCGCCACGCCUGGUCGAGACCCAGCGUUGCAGGCGCUGCAAGUCGUUCAAGCGCUCCACGGGAAGACCUUGACAGCCCUCCCGGUCUCGUCAGUCCAGUACAGUCCAGGUUUAGAACACUCUGGAGGCAUAGACUUCAUUCCGUCGGCUCCGCGUCUGACUGCCGCCACUACGGCUGGCUCCAGUCUCAUCGACCCGCGACGCUCGUACGUUACUUACGUUGAGGCGCCGCAAGAACACCCUUUCACGAACUUGAGGACGUCCCCUGCGGUGUACUACGAGGGUGGUCCAGGAGCUCAAAAACAUCACUACUUCGACAGCGAAGUGGAUUGCAGCGAUAAGUUUGGUGAUAUAGCGUCCCUUGCCGUGCGCCAUUUCCAAGUUGCUCUUUUCUGCUUCGUCGCCUGUGUGAGCGCCCAGGUUCAGGUGAAUCAGCCGCCGUCACCGUACAACUUUGCGUACGAGCACAUCGACGCAAAGACAGGCGCCAAGGUCACACAAAGCGAGAGCGGUGACGCCAGCAACGUCAAGACCGGCUCGUACGGCAUCAACGACCCAUCGGGCCUCUACCGCCUUGUGCAGUACAUCGCCGACUCCCAGGGUUUCCGCGUCACCGUAGACACCAACGAACCUGGCACCAAGACCCACGAUGCGGCCAACGCUCGCUACAACUCGAAUGCCGCGAACACACCAGCGGCCAUAGUUGCGCCGCGCAGUGCGGCGGUGCCCGCCUUCAGGCCUGCCCUUGUGAGGCCGGCUCGACUGGCCCCCCUCACCGCAGUGCACACCUUGCACGCAACGCCGUUGGCCUUCCACAGCGUGCCGGUUACCCUGCACGCUCUUCACGCGGUACCCGUGGCUCACGCGGUUCACGCCCGCCAAGCCGCCAUCUCUCCCAGCUACAUUCACUUCACCCUGGGCAGGGCCAAGAGGGGCUAGACUGGGCUAGGCGUCGACAAUGCCGAAACUCGUACUGUUCGUUUGAACAGUCAGAGGUGACGACGUGUUUCCACCAUGCGGACGUGAGCGAAACAGGCUGUCAUUGAUGAACGAUGAAGGAAAGUGUGGUGGUUUGUUUUUAUGAUGCUAGCACGUCUU